AUGACUUUAGAUUCAGUUGAAGCUUAUCACAUUCUCCGUAAUGGAAUUACUGGUGGUCUAUCAAAUGUUCAACAUCGUGUUAAUCUUAAAGGAAUCACGCACAUUAAUAAACUUUCAUAUAAUCCAGAAACUAAAACUGUAUCAAAUGAGGACACCACCAACAUUAUGACUCAUUUUGUUGGUGUUGAUUUUAAUUCAUUAUAUCCUUCAUCAUUUUCAUCUAAUCCUCAUGAUUUCAUUCAAUAUACUGACCAUAAAAUGUAUAUGCCGGGAAGAUUGAAUGGUGUUAUCAUUUGUGAUACAGCAACAAAGAAAGCAAAAGCACUGGGAAUAAUUAGAAAGAAAAAUACUUUAUUCGUGGCUGAAGUAAAGGGUCACAUUGAUGAAAAAUACAUUAAUGAUUACAUAAACUUUUUACCAAUAAUAAGAAACUUAGAUAUUAUCACAGAUGAAAAAACAAUUGGCAGUUUUAUGUAUAAUUACAUGAAAUCAAACAAUCUACCAGUUGACCAGAAACAGAGGAAAUUAACUCAGUUAGCAUCAACACACAACCAAUAUCAACCAUUUUCUUCUUAUUAUCUUUGGUAUCUAAUAGACAGAUUUCAUUUUAUCAUUGAUGAUAUUCAAUCAAUUUUAACAUUUACGAAAAACACUUGCUUUAAUGAAUUUGCGAACGAAUUUAUGAACGAAAGACAAAAGGCUGAAUUAGAAGGAAAUAAAGGAAAAAGUUUAUUUUGCAAGAUUUCACUUAAUGGAUCAUAUGGUUACGAUGCAAUGAAUACACAAAAUUACGCAAAGACUAAAAUAAUGAAUGCACAGAAGGCACGCGUUGCAUGUAUGUCAAAUAAGUUUAAAAACAUAAGAGAAAUAGGUGAAGAUACGUAUCAAGUGAUGCUUAAAGAUAGAUUUUAUAGAUGUGAUACAUGUUUACAAGAGGCAUUCUUCACUUUAGAUAACGCAAAAUACUGGUAUUUGGUUUUCA